GGAAACGCAUCAAAGACUGAAGUGGCCGGAUUUCAAGUGACAAACAGCACUACACCCAGGAUCCAACCCCCUCCCUGCACGGCUGCCUUCCUCCUCCACAUCCCCUGUCACGAAGAGAAGCCUAUUGUGUGGGGCCCAGGGAGUUCGAGUUGAAGGGCCUGGGGGUCUGUGCCUCUGACUGCUCUGAGCUACUUCCCCAUUGGCUCCCAGCAGCCUGUGCUCAGCAAGGGCUGAGCGACAGGGGGAGGCUCCAGUCCAUAAAAGGGGGGGGCGAGGCACCAGAACUGCCAUUCUGAGGGGCUUUGGUGGUGCUCACAGCCGCUUCUUUGGCACCUCUUCCCGAGCCAGAGUCAGGAAGACCCCCGAGUCCUGACCCAGCCACCUGCCACCACCCUCCGACCUGCUCGGCCAGAAGCUGCCCAGGGACAAAGAAGAGCACAGGUCAUUAAUCUCCAGGCUUUGAGAUCUGCGUGGGGGAGCUGUUGCAGCAGCCUCGGGAGACUAAGAGUUGAAUGGAGCCUUCAUAUUCUGCUAUGUAAAGCACUGACUACGUGCCAGCAGGAAGAGAGGAGACAGCAUGGCGUGGCAGGGGCUGGUGCUGGCCGCCUGCCUCCUCGUGCUCCCCUCGGUCAUGGCGGACUGCUUAUCCCAGUGCUCCCUUUGUGCUGUGAAGACCCAGGAUGGGCCCAAGCCCGUCAACCCUCUGAUUUGUUCCCUGGAAUGCCAGUCCGCUCUGCUGUCGGCUGAGGAGUGGGAGAGAUGCCAAGGCCUUCUGUCUCUUUUCACCGCCUUCACCUUCAGGCUCAAUGGCAAAGAAGACUUGGCGACCAAGGCCGCUUGGGAGGAACCCUAUAGUGAGCUGGCUAAGCGCUCUGGGUCCUUCCCGAAGGAGAUUGAGAAAAACAGAUUUCUCCUCAGCACCCCGACAGAGGAGGACACCCUGAGCAGGAGCCUGGCAGAGAGGCUCAGGGGUCUCUCUGGCAGGUUCGGGGAGGAAGGGGAGUCUGAGCUGCUGGGGGACACCCAGCUGAAUGAUGAUGCCGUGGAGGCUGGGGCACUGGAUUCCAAUGAGGAGGGGCACAAGGAACAGGUCAAACGCUAUGGGGGCUUCCUGCGCAAAUACCCCAAGAGAAGCUCAGAGGUUGCUGGGGAAGGAGAUGGGGAGGGCAAUGGGGAGAGAAUGGGCCAUGAGGACCUGUACAAACGCUAUGGGGGCUUCCUGAGGCGCAUCCGUCCCAAGCUCAAAUGGGACAACCAGAAGCGCUAUGGCGGUUUCCUGCGGCGCCAGUUCAAGGUAGUAACUCGGUCUCAGGAAGACCCCAAUGCCUACUCCGGAGAGCUUCUUGAUGGGUAAUCCUCCCCCCAUUGUGGAGUCAAGUCAGGAGCUCCCCCUGACACCCUUCCAGAUUGGUGUGCCCUCAUUCAUCCUACCUUAGAGCCCCCGUUCCCAAUGCUCAGUUCAGCCUGGUGUGCAAAACAUCCAAGCCCAGCCUGCCUCUUUUCUGUGUGGGGCACAGUGUUUGUCCAGGGUUAGCGAGGAAGAAGGAUGGAGGUCCCCUUCUCCAGUAGGCUCAGUGCUUGGCUUCAGCUCUAGAACAUUGAAACUACCGCCAACAGCAGUUUUUCCUAUUAACCCCCCCUCAUUAAUGUGACUCCCCAGUUCCAGGAAUCCAGACUGAUAUGUUCUUCAUUCCUCUAGAUAAAUAGCAAAACAAGAUAAAGAAACAAAUAGAAAUCAUAACACUUCACCCCAAAUCUUAAAGGACCUCCUUGUGCUCUUCACUUCGGAGACCAUGCUUUAGGUAAAAGGCUCAAACACUGCAUUUUCUUGGAAGUCCUACAUCAGAAAGCUCGGUCCUCUGGUGGGCACGUGUUCAGUUGUGUCCCCUGUGUUCUCCUCGUUCAGAAACAUACCUCUUGAGGAAUCGAGUUCCCGGACUCUAGUUCAUGUUGGUACCUUGGAUAGCACCCCGCUCCUCCCAGGAGAGGAAGGGCGUGGAAACCCCUUCCAAAAUGGUAAUGAAAGCAGUUCUCCCACUGAAUACUGAAAUGAUCAGGAAGGGAGCAAGACAAACCAAUUUGCUCUGUGCAGCAAACGCAAAAUGUGGACCAGUUCCCUCAGCCCUCAUUAAACUAAUUAAACAGAUCGGCAGCACACUCCCACCCCAGGAUGAACUAAAGCUGAGUCAAGUUGAUGAGGUUAAGCACAACCAUGUUCUUGAGCAGCUGAAUUGGCCGCCAAGAGUCUCAGCCAUCUGGCCAAACAUAUGCAUUGGGCAUUGGGUAAGGGAAUCCAGAAGCAACAGCUAGAAAGACAAAAAGGCGUUCUUCAACCCCUGUGAUGAUUCUUUCUUCUGAUUUCUCAGAAUAAAACCAGAAAGAGGCAUGAAGUGAUUAAGUGCUUGAGGCCAAAUGAAUUCCCUUGAUUCAAAUAACCCAGAAUCAGAGGCAGAGACCUCCCAAUUCUGCGGUUUUGAUCAAAGUCUUCUCUCUCUCUCUCUCUGUUGCUCUUGCUUGCUCAUCCCUAGGCACUACAGCUUGGUUCGUGCAUCCAGGAGGCUGGGCAUGAUAGGAGAGGAAAGGGUCUUGAAUUCAGUUAAUUUGUCUAAGAUGCUACUGAGCAUACCUCUUUGCGCACAACCCCCAGGUCCCUCAUGAUGUUCUGAAAUGUAUGGAUUGUUGUAGGGUUACUUCAUGUGCUUUUAAAAGAAUCCCACUUAUGCAGUUUACCCAGAAUUUGCUUAUUCCUUAGCAGGCAUGUGUUAUUUCAUACUCCUCCAGUGCAAUAAAUAAAAGAAAGAUGGUGAUGAC